ACAUGAAAAGAAGUAGCAACAGUAAGUGUUCCUCCGGAUUUUUCAACUAUAUUAAUAUUCCUGAUUCCGUAGUCAUGCGAUUGGCGAUAUUGCAACUUUGGAGUUUCAAGGACAAGAUCGCCAAUGUUCAAAAUAUCGCCAAUAAAAUCGAGAUGGUAGUCAAAGAGCACAACCCUCGAUUGAUAACCUUGCCUGAGUACUUUGUUCUUCCCAAACGGAAGAACAUAGAAUGCGUCCCUGAUGGAUACAUCUCCCAGCAGCUCUCGGGUCUGGCCAAGAAGCACCAAGUCUAUAUAAUUGGCGGAACAAUACCGGAAUUGGGCGAAAACGAUGCCAUGUACAACACCUGUACGGUUUGGUCACCCACUGGUGACCUCAUGGCAAAGUAUCGCAAGGUGCACCUCUUUGAUGUAGAGGUUAAAGGUGGCAUUAGCUUCAACGAAUCUGAUGACAUUUCCGCCGGCAAUGAUUUAUCCAUCAUUAACGUAGAUGGACACAAGAUUGGUAUCGGCAUCUGCUACGACAUCCGAUUCGAGGAGAUGGCCAGGGUAUAUCGCAACGCUGGCUGUGAGAUGAUUAUCUAUCCAUCUGCCUUCAAUAUGACCACUGGCCCUCUUCAUUGGGAGCUCCUUCAAAGAGCACGAGCCAACGAUAACCAGCUCUUUAUUGUCACUGCUUCAACAGCCAGGGAUACAAGCGCCAAGUAUGUGGCUUAUGGUCAUUCCAUGGUGGUGGAUCCCUGGGCCAAAGUGCUGCAUAGAGCUAGCGAAAGAGAAGAAACUGUGGUGGCAGAUAUAGAUUUCAACCUAGUGGAGCAAGUGCGACAGCAGAUUCCCGUCUUUGACCAACGACGACUUGAUAUAUACGCAACUGAAAAGAAAUGAAGUAAAGGUU